AUGAGACGAGCGAAGAGUGUUCGAGAACAAAAUAUUCCAAGUGAACUUUACAAACUUGGUCCAGUUCGUGCAGGUAUCAAUAAAAGUGGUAAGACUCCAGAUGGUAGAAUCCUGACGCAACGUGUAUCUCCUACGAGACGAGUUAUUGCUACUCCAAGACGAGCAAGUUCGUCUACAGGACAGAAAGACAGUGCUGCUAAGCACAGAUGGGAUGAGGAAGACUACCCGUGUUUGAAAAAUAAGCAGGAGAUCAGCAAACCUCGUACGAAUGAUUGGGAUUUGCCUUAUGUUCGGCCAUGUUGGCGGCAGGCAGAAAAAGCGACGGUACGAGAAAAAGAAUCAGAAAAAGCGCGAAAGCAUUUACAUGAGCCACAGGAUCAUUUUCAGCGCAAAAAGUGUGUGGAAGAUCCUGUUCUCUGUAGCUUCCGCCGUCAGAAACGUUUUGUGGAUCAUUGUUCUGAUAGGCCUUCAACUAGUUCUGACAAUUUAUUAAAUAUCCGUGGGACUGCAGCUGAGAAUUACCGGUCGGUAUAUAUUGAGGGAUCGUCAAAUUAUUCAGGUCGCCCGUUGUGGUUAAAAAACAUCGUUAGUGACAUCAAGAAAGAAUGCGAGAAGGGUCGACAGUUGGCUGGAAAAUUUCUGGAAAGGGACAGAAAGUUCGCUCUGAGGCGGUGUGAUGAGAUAUUGGAAGAGCACACCAGGCGUAAGAGCUCGCCUUUCUUAUCUGCACAUAAACCGAAGCUUAAGAGAUUAACUAGCAGAGAGAUUGAUGCUCUUUUCGAAAGCGAAACUAGUGAAAAUUCGCCAGGUCUCCACAUUGGCGAGCACGACAGAAAAAAAAAGCACAAGUCAGGACCUGCAGAGGUUCCGGUGAAAAAGGGAGGACUUUUCGGAUCGCAAGCAGCUUUGCCAUUGGCGAAAAAAUCUUGUGGUUUCUCUUCUGAAGUGAAAUCUUGUUCAUCUAGUUCAAAAGAAGCGUCAAUAAAGGAGAAGAAAGUAACGUGUACUACAAGAGCAAUUCAACAAAGCAAACUAGUGGAAAAAAGAGACGGUUCUUGGUUGAAAAAGCACCGAGCGUCUGCAGAGGAAAAGUCAGAGAAGAGGAUACGAGAGACGUCACAAAAUGCUCUUAAGGUUGCUGGUUCAUCACUUUCACAAAAUCAAUUGAAUGGAGAGAGUAAGAAGUCUGAAGAUGCAAAGGAAAAGAGACGAAAAUUUACUGAACAAGCAGCUGCGUUAGGACGUUGCGAGGAAACUUGUUCAAAGUCUUCUGAACCAAGUUGCAGUAAAGAGUUCUCAGUGCGUCCCCCUGAAGAGCCUUACCGGAACACUCUAAGCGGGCAUAUGCUUCUUGAUGAUGUUGGCUUUCUGCGACAGAUUGACGAACAGAUAGAGAAGGAGAACCUAUGUUUCAUGAAGCAGAACCAUAGUAUUUUGAGGAAUGAUGUAAUGGAAGGACUUGUUAAGAAAGCUGCAUUUUUCAUGACGGAAAAUGAAGGUCAGAAGGAGAGACAUGUUUCGAGUUCCGAUGCAGUUUCGUCAGUUGUGGAAAAAGUGCAUAGUAUGAGGGCUAAAAACUCAUCUGAUUUUGUCAAGGAGAGUGGAUGUUCACGUGAAGCACGAUCCUGUCGUUCAUCUGUUGCAGAGAUGUCGUUUUCAGAUUCAGAAGCAACGCAUUGUGACGUUGCUCCAAAAAAGCCUUGUUCAGAUGAUGUAAACAAUGCGCAUUCAACCAAGGAGCAUAAUUCACAUGAUGUCCCCUCGAUGUUUUCCGCUCGGAAUAGUGAACCACUUAAAACUGUGGUGGAAGGAGCGCAGUCGAAUGUUGCGGCACAGAUCGAUUCUAGUUUAGUACAGCGAACUGCGGCUGUGUCUGAGAGUCAAAAUGGAACACUUACAUUUUCACCAGAAAACUUGGCCAUAUAUUCUCUGGCAAAGUCUUCGCCUCAGAAACGUUAUAGGGGUUGUAGGCGAUGUCGAAACCAUGGUUACGAAGUUCCAUUUCAUAGUCGCACAAGGUGCCCAAAUGGUUGCUGCGACUGUAAAAAGGUUCUACUUAAUAUUUCUUCAGACCCUGAUUCGAGUACUGCGCCUCAUUGA